AUGAGCAUCCUCAUCAUUAUCGUAAUCAUCAUCAUCACCCCAGUCUCCCCUUCUGCUCCGCCUCCCGCUCUGUCUUCUGUCCCCGUCGAACCUGCUCAGAUCGCGGUUUCGAUGCUCACCUCUGCGAUAUCCAUCGUCGACGCUUCCAUUCCAUGUCUCGGACCGGGCCCGGCGGCCACCGAUGCUCUCGCUUCUACCGCGACUGCGCCCGUCAGCGCCAGCAUAGCGGUCUCGGUCCAGUCAAACCCGCCGUACAUCUUCUCAACUUCCUUGCAUGUCAUCAUUCAUGGCGGCGACGGCGAGAAGAAGAUGAGGAAGGGGAUGAAGAAGGAUGACGGCGACGGGGAUCAUGCUGUGGGCGCCGAGGUAGGUCUAAAUCAUAUUGCCGGCGUGUAUCCAGGUCCAAGUCAUACUGUCGUCGUGAAUCCAGGUCCAAUGUGUAUCUUCGGCGUGGGUCUAGGUCUGGAUCAUACUCUUGACGUGAAGCUAGAUCUGGGUCAAAUCGUCGUCGCGAAGUAG